GCUCAAGAUUUGUCUUGCUUCGUGGAUACAGAUGAACCUUCUCGUGUAAUUAGUGUCCAGAUGCAACUAGUUACCAUGCAAUGGUUAACAACAAAUCACAAGGCCUUCAGUACUGAUCUGAUCAGUCCGUCGGUAUUGGAGAAGCUGAUCCGUCAGCACUGUCGCCGUGUGGAGCUUUCUCAUCUUCCUGAUAUGUAUGAGCCAAAGGCUGUGGUUCCCCGGACUGCCAAACUAUAUACCAAACAGGAAUAUUCGGAAAAGUUCAUCCUCGUAUUGGAGGGUCGAGCGUUAGUCACAAUUGGGCAGGACGAGAUGAUGUUCGAGGCAGGGCCAUGGUUUGCAUUUGGAACGGAAAUGUUGGAACGUUUGGUGGCCAAACGCGAAUGUGAUUCUCGUGCAUUGGGCGAUGUGGAACAUUCCAGAAACUCUCUCGUCAGUGAUACGUCAAAGAAGCUUGGAUUCAUUCCGGAUUACACAGUGGUUGUGCGUGAUGAAUGUACAUUCCUGGAGAUUACUGCUCAUAGUUGGUUGCUUGCCUGCAAAAGUACACUCAUGAGCCGUGGAGGAAUAAGACCCUCUUUUACGGACGUGGAUGGCCUAGCAUCUGGUGCAACAGCUGACGAGGACUCUCCUUGGGCAACUGUAGAAGAGCAAUCAAAGAGAAGUUCAUUGGUAUCGCCUCAGUCUCAGGGAGUACCAGCUGCCAGGCUGCAUAUGUCAUAG